AACUUGGAUGCGUAAUUCCUUCAUGAAUUAGUCUAAUUGAAUCUCUUAUGGGGAUCUCAUGUUGUGAACUGCAACUCCUUUCAUACAUGCUGAAUUACUUUGGGGCUAAUGAAAUGUGACUCUCAUAAAUAAUCAAUGCGCUCAGAAUCGAGAAGGACUGUUCAUUUGAUCAUCAGAGGCUUAGACUCUUAUCGCAUGCUUGGACUGCAGUACAUUGAGAACCUAAUUGGGUUUUUUUCGUCAUGGAUCUUUCAUCUGGGAGAGAACAAGAAUUUUCUUACUGUGUUAAAAUGCCCAGUAAUGAAGGAUUUGAUAUCCUGAAUUUCAAUGUUAAAAUUGAUACUUCCUGGAUUUUCCAGGAAUUAGAAGAUGCAAGCAUACCUGAUGAACAAGUAAACAGUGCUGGAGAAGAGAAUUUGAACCUCAGAAUAAAAGAGCUGGAAAAGUCGGAGCGAAAACUUAAAGGUGUUCUAGAGCACUAUAUGGAGUCAGAUUCUGUCCUAAGAAAUAGGAUGAAAGAGCUGGAGCUGUCACACAAAACACUUCUUGUGACAAUUGAUCAACUAAAUGUGAAGUUGCACCAGGUUGAAAAUGCAAAUGUGCGUGUUAAAGGGAAACUGCAAGACAUUCGGGAGGACCUGACCAACUUGGUUGAAAACCAAGAAAAGUCAAAGAAGAAGCAAAAGGAAAAAUUACAUUGGCUCCAGGAGCAGCUGAAGACAAAAGAUGAUGAAAUAAAAAGCCAGUCAGUGUAUUUUGAGCACUACAAACAAAGGCAAACACAACAGACAGCAGUGCUGAGAGAAAGGGAACAUUACCUUCGGGGUGAGAUAUCUAGGCUGGAAAAGCAAGUCCUAGAUCUCAGUGCCCAUGUUGCUCUUUUGACAUCCAAGUUGGAAGAGGGAACGGUGCAGUAUCUCCAACGGAAGCUGGAAUCAGCAUUCAGUGGGACUCAGGGCUAUAGAUGCUCCGAUGUGAAAGUAAUGGAAUUGAAAACUUGCAUUGAAAAUGUGGAGCAUGACAUGAAAAGCCACCUUGAGACAUUUCAGCAAAAUCUGAAGUUCUUAAGGGAAAAAGAGGAGGACAACAGAAGAGAACAGAUGGACCUGCAGACUGAACUCCAGUAUUCCCAGGACAUGGAAGACUUUCUCAGAAGAAAAUUGGAAGAAUCUAGCCAUCAUAUUUAUAAUCUGAAAUUAUCUGAAAUCAAACUGCAGGAAAAAGUGGCAGAGCUUUUGAAUGAAAAUGAGGCUUUAAAAGAUCAAGAUAGGGUGAAGUCGAAAAAGAAAGAAAAAUAUUCCCAAUUUACAAGAUUGGAGAACAGAGACAACAGUGUUAACCUGAAUGGAGACCUAAUCCAGGAUGGCAUUCAAAAUCUGAAACGGGGAGCAGUAUUGGAUUCACCCAGAAGCAGAACUACCCAAACUCCAGUAGUGCUGCUACAUGCUGAAGAGUCUGAAACACCAGGAUGUAGCUGUGAUGGGCUAAAGCAGAUGGAGGAGCUACCAGAAGAACUUCUACCAGUUUUGGAACGCAAUUCCAGUGCCUUUUCAAAAGUUGCUGGUCUAGCUGAGAUUGAGCAGGUCACCCUUGGAACAAAGAGGGCAGGUACUCUAGAAGAUAGUUUCACUUCGUUCCGAUGUACCCCAAGUUACUGUGCAGCAAGACUGCUUCCCCCUUGCUCUGAGAAGUUAACUAAUGAUGAGACCAGGAAGGAAACCAAAGAUGAAGAAAACUUUUCUCUAUCAAAGGAACGAGCUAUAAAUCUACCAGCAAAAGUGUUCCUUGUUUCUAUGGUUGAAGCUUUGAUGAGGAAGAAGCUUCAACUUACCUUGUUAGAACCUGAAAGCUACCACAUAUCAGCUGUCACCACUGUGAAGAAAGUGAGGAGUUUGGAUUUCUGUGAGGGCAAUACCAAUCUUUGCUCUGAUGGCCUCUGCCUUGUUGCAGAAGGAGGAUUUUCUGACAAAGCUUCUGCACUUCUUUGUGGGCAGAUGCCUUGCACUGUGACUGAAAUUUUCACAUCGUCUCUGGAAAAACACAACGUGGAAAAACAUUGGGAAAACAAGCAAAUUCUGCCAAAAAGCAUAUGUGAAAAAAAGUGUCUGGAUAAAUUUGUUGAUGAUGGAAAGUAUCACAAAAAAAUCUUUAGAGGGAGAGCUAAAGGAGAAGAAAUACAGAAUGACAAAGCCCAACCACAACAGGUGACCUUUGUUCCUGAGGAAAGUUCCAAAGUUUUAUUUAAAACUGAAUUGAUCAGGCAUGGGAAGCAAGGAAUGAAAACCAAACGCAGCCUAGGUAGCCCACAAAAUUUAUCCGUUGAUUUUAAAGACUUAAAGAAGCAUUUUGAAAGGAGCCCUGGACUAAUGGAGGAACAAGGAAACCUCUCAGAAAUCUGCAUCUCUGAUGUGAAUAGGGUAUAUAAUGGAGAAGAUGUAACCAAACUAGAGGAGAAAGGAGACCAACCUCAGAAACCAACUCACCAAACACACCCUUCCAGAAAUAUUGGCCUGAAAGAAAAGAAAGACCAGACCCUGAAACUAUGUGAACCAUAUGAGAAGAAUUUCUCAUGUCAAAAAAUAGCUGCUGAAAACAUGCACUGUGCCUACUGUCUGAAUUCUUUUUGGUCAGAGGAAGAGAGGUGUCUGCUAAACAUAUUGUCUCCUAUGCAGGAGAGUGCUGUGUGUUUAAGCAAGUUGUUCCUGCCAGGGAGCAAUUUUUAUGAGUCUUUCUGUCAUCUGUCACCACUGGAAGCUGGUAAUGAACGAAAUGUGAAAGUAUAUGCACUGGAAAAAGUGGUGGCUGUGUGUUCUCAGAGGCUAUUUCUACUGAUGCAAGAGAAUGAAAAUUACUCAAAAAAAGUCUGUAUAUUACAACAGGAGAAUGAGAGAUAUGCUCAGAUGAUGUGUGCACUGGAAGAGGAGAUGGAUGCGUAUUUUCAAUACAUUUUAGCGGUAGAUGAAGCUAACAUUGUUUCAUUCCAAAACUUACUUAAUGAGAAAGAAGUUGCUGGUGGAUGUUAUAAUAACUUAUCAGAAGAAAACACCAUGAGCCCAGGAACAUUUUUUGUUGAAACCUUCUCUAAGAACCUCUCAUAUGUUGAAGAGAAAAAUAGGAAUUCUGAAAAAGACUCAUUGACAAUUACAUCAAAUAAACUUCCCAGGAGUAUUUUAUCCCUGGAUGGAAGGAAAAUGAGAUAUUUCCAGCUGCUUUCUCACCUGAAAGAAGAGAGAGGCAGAUGCUUCAAAGAAAUAGCUAAAUUAUUACAAGACAAGGAGAACUAUGUGGCAAAAUAUAAUGAAUUAAUACAAGAGAGAGGGGGAAAUUUACAAAGAAUAUCUCUUUUAGAAGGUGAAAAGGAAACUUUAUUGGGAUGUUUGGAAGAGGUAAAGUGUGAACAAGACAAAUACAGGACCUUGGUUUCAGAACUUCAAGAGUGCAAAACCAACUGUUAUCAAACGAUUUUUGAUUUACAGGAGGAAAAACAUAUACUGAAAAGAGAAAUAGACAGAAUCAAGAAAGAAACUUCAGAACAGCUGAAUGAGUUUCAGAAAGCAAAUGCAAACUUUAUUUUAGAAAAUACCAAAUUGAAAGGAUUAAUGUUGUCUUUGGGUUUCACCUGUGAAGAACUGAGAAAAGCUAAAGGUUUGGGAACAAAGGAAAAGAUAAUAAAACUAAAAGAAGAAAGUCAACAAUGUGGUCUUAAGCCAAAGAAAGUUGAAACAGCAUGUAGUGUAACUCAGACUGAGGAAGAAGGAGUUCUGGUUGUAGACGCCUCAAACUAUUUCCCCAGAAAAGAGGGCAGCACGUUUGAAAGCUACAGUGUGAUGAAAGAGCAAGUCAAAAAGGCGAAAGAGGAGCUAAAAAUACAGCAAAAGGAAUUAGAAAAAUCAAAAAAAGAGGCUCAGAAAUGGUACAUAGAACUUGGUUUUGCUGAAACGAGAUAUGAAGAAAUGAAAACUCAUUUGGCACAGGUUGUCUCAGAAUUAGACCAUCUUAAACAAGAAGUUGGGGACAGAAUGCUUGGAAAGCAGCGCUGCAAAGUAAUGCCUGUUUAUGCUGUGAAAGAUGGCCAGGAAACAGAGGAGAAUAAAAUAGCCAAUAAGAGAUUACAGCAGCAAGUGCUGACCUUGAAAGCCCAGCUCAGGGACCAGGCUGCAUUACAAAAUCAGUUGCACGACUUGCAGAAUGAAGUGGAACUCCUUCAGGCUCAGCUAUGUGAAAAGGACAAAGAACUUCAGAAGAGAAAGUCUGAAGAGAAGUUGGCGCUAGCUCCUCUGAAGGCUAAGCUGGCUUGCCUCACCCGAAAGUGCCAGGAAAGGAACGGCCUCAUUACCAGGAUGCAUGACAAGUUUCACAGGCGAGGAAUCACUGACUCUGCAUUUGAUGAAGAGGUGGAAGCCUUGGUGAAUGACAUGGUCCUGGCAGAGUACGCAGUCGCUUUUACACCAAUGCGUGAUCAAGAGAUGCCGCCUUCUUCCACAGACAUUUCACAGGCCAGUGGGCAGCCAGAGCAUCGUGAGACGUCUGUCAAAGUGAAUGGGAUGGCUGGGUCAAUACCUCCAAACUCUCAGCAAGAGGUGCGGAGCACCCACAGUUCUCGCAUCGCUCCAAAUGGGUAUGCUUGUUCUCCUACAAAAUUAAUAAGCUCAGAGAGGAUCGUAGCCUUGCAUCGAGAACUCAGACAAAACCGUCGCAAAAAUUGCCAGAUACCUUCAGUUGUCUCCUCCACCUCAAAUCCAGAGGCUGACUGCAACCUGCCCAUGAUCCAUGAGGAAGCCCCUUGGCCUCUGCCCUCAAGGAUGAAGGAUGCACCGGUGCCUCCAGAGCGUGGCGCUUUCUGGGCCACGAAGGGGAGGGAUCGGCUGUCGAAACGUGAUGAUGUAUUUUGGGGUCAAAUAGGAAAUCAGCAUGCAGGUGCUAUUCCCCAGGGAAUGAAACAGAAAAAUGCCAUUAUGAAUAAGGCAUGGCUCUCUAGAGAAAAAACAGAUGGCUCAACCUCAGCUACCGCAGCAAAAAGCUAUUUGUCAGACGUGUUGUCAGCAAGUAAUAGAGGUCGAAAUCCUGUGGGGAGAAAUCAGCUGCACAGGAAAGAAUAAAACCCGCAGAAAUAAAACAAGAACGGACACUUGCUUGUGGAUAGAAGGAUAGAAAUAUGCUUGUGGACAGAAAGGGAAGAUCCAUAAAAAGAAGAGCCAGCAGCUGAAAGCAGGGAUGACUUUGCCAGUUGGUUUGGUCUACAUUAUUAAACAGGCAGCCUGACGGUUGGUUCAGACAGAUGAUGAUGAAUUAGGAUGUUGCAAUAUGACUUUCAUUGCAGAAUACAAGAAAAGACUGUAUCAGUCACACAGAAGAAGCAAUACUGCUCUGAGGGGAUGAUGAAAGGUGCUUUGACCUGGUGGUGACCGCAGCUGCUUCAUUAUGGGAAAACUGAGAAGUUGCCCUGAGUUACCAUCUGCCACGUUUUAGCCACAUCCUGUAGUGGAAGCUGGCCAUACGGGCUAACCCAAUGUGUGGUUUGGGUUUUCAUUCUGUUUUGCUUUCUUGGGAUCCCAGCAUUUGCAUUUUAAAGAAAUUAUCCAGUUAAGUACGGCUCUCAGUCUUCAUGGGUCUGCUUAUGUGGGUAUGUAAUAUCUUCAGCCUCAUACAGCUUUGAGCAUUCCUGAAAGAGGCUUUGAUCUGAGGUAGGAUGUUUAGUAUUUCUGAGGACGUUGUACUUGAGGGUACAAACUGUUUAGGAAAUGAGAUAGAACUGCAUUUUUACAAGGGUAAGUAGGAAUUGGGAAUGUACUUCAUGUGCACUGAGAGGCACUUGGAACAUCAAAGCGCUGUGUCCUAAUGCUCUAGAUUGAUUAUUAUUUCAACCACAUGAAUAGGCCACACUGAAUUUAACUUUCAGAUAAGGUAUUCGCAUACAUACAUGCUUUUUCUGAUAUAGGUGCUUUUUUGCACACUGAUUGGUAAUAGUGCAUGUGAUGCAAACACAUUUUGCAGCCACGGUGUACAACACAGAUUUAUGCACCCAUAACCCCUACUGUUCAUAUCUGAGUACCCAUUUGUGAAGGGAGGGAGAUGUGAAUGCACAAGACUUGUCCUUAAGGGAUCAUGCUGGUACAUCCAUUCCUUCUCUAACGAAAGGCACACAGCACGGUUGAAGUCAGUGGCAAUACUCGUGUUGACCUGAAUGGGAGCAGAUGUAGGUACUGCUCUCUAACUGGUUUAUAACUUGUAUUUCCUCUUUUUUCUUUCUUUUUUUUUUUUUUUAAUGUUGAGCUAACUGCUAGAAUGUGCUGUCUGUACAAUGCUUAGCUGCCCAGUAAUUCCAGAUAUCCUUUGAAAGGAGGCAGAAGGAUAAUAAACUGUGAAAUCCCAAAUCAGAUUAAUGUAAUGUACAUUUCUAGAUUAUGAUUAGUAACAAGAUGACACGUUGGCAUGGUAACACUUGAAGCUUAACUACAAGUUCUUAAAAUAAAGCAAUGACAUAUGUGUAGGUUUCUAUCCAUUUGCAUACUAUCCACCUGAAAACAUACAUCAUUUCCACAACACUCAGGCAAUUAAAACCUACUUCUUACUUUUGAAUUAAGUCUUGAACUAAAACAUCAUGCCUCUUUCCUAGUAUUUAUGCAUAAUCUCCCACCAUAAAUUGUAAAUGUUGAUAAUGAACCUGUCCAUUUUGUAACAUCCUAGGCUCUCUGCCAUUUGGUUUCAUUUUAAAACGAUUAGCAUAAGGAAUGUAGAACGUGCUUCAUUCUUGGUGGUUUGUACCACAUUGAUCUCCUUUAAAUUCUACCACCUCCUAAUAUAAAAAUUGUCUCACUAGUAUUGGAAAAGCCUCUUUACUAACUAAAUUGAUAGACCGGUGGGUACAAUUCAUGUGGCUGAGGAUUGGGAAUGAAAAUCCCAACUUUACCUCAAAUGAUUGUAAGAAAGCAGUAAAAUGUUUAAUGUGAGCUUACUGAGACAGAGAGCCUAGCCGUUAUUUUCUAGUUGCCUUAUGGUGAAAAGUGUUGUCUAGUUGUUACAGAGUCUGUUUGGCUUGCUUUUACUAAGAAGAAGUUAGCUUGUUUAGAUGUGCUAUCUAUGGUAAAUGUGCCAGGGGAUGAUUUACGUGUAUUAUUGUUUUGUGUUAUACUUUCUCAGAAUGCAAAAUUGGGCACUUUGUUCUGAUUGCUUUAUAUGCACAAUAUUGCUUUGACCAAAUCCCUUACAGUAAAAAUUAAGAUGCUGCUAAGUUCUGCAUAAGUAAAUACAAUCUUCUUCUGUCAUCCUAAAUAGACAAAAUGCACAGUGUUAUGUGGAAAAUAUGAUUUCUUUGACAGUUCAUUUAUUAACAUGCACUCUCCUGUAUAGAGCAUCACAGGAUAUUGAAAAUACAGCUUACAGUAUUUCCACAGCUCCUUACGCAACCUUUAAAUCCCAAAUUCUGUUCUUCACACCACUAUGGAUGACAGAUGCUGGAGGUACAAUGAUUGAGUCUGGCGUGAUAAUCAUGUUGCAUUCAGAAUAAUACAAUUGCCAGGAAAUAUUUUACACACACAGCAGAGUUCCCGGGAUAAACCUCCACCUAACGCAUGGCUGAUGUUUGUCCUUGUGGCCUUUUAAAAAGUGGAAACCUUGAUCUGUGUUUCAUAAAUCUACUGGUAUUUCUCACUCGCAGAUGAAGGAUUUUAGUUGAAUUUACCAUGGCUGUGGGGUGGAGGGAGGGACGUGUGCAUGCUGGGUUUUGCCACUAAUCCUUUGGAAAUCCUUUAGUGCCUUAAGGAGGCAGAGGGGGAACAGCCCUUAGGAUUACAGAAACUUGUUCAAACCUCUUUCCUGCUUUAGCAGAAUUCCUUUAAAAUAUAUCGUGCCUUUGGCUCCAAACAUAUUUGCAUUAGAAAUCAGUAGCCAUGGGAUAAUGGACAGAAAUUUCUGUCCCUGCAGAAAUGUUAGGAAAGAGAGUAUACUGUAUCUUAUAUAGGAUAUGAAUUAAAAAUAUAGCUAACAAGUUCUACCAUUUGGAACCACGCAUAAACCAUUAUGUGACAAGUAGGAAAGUUGCAAGUUGCAGGUAAAGCUUAAAAAAAAAAAAAGAAAAAAAAAAGGAGAAAGUUUAAAAGUACUGGAUGAGAUGUUUGUACCACUGAAGUGACUGGCAAACUUCCACUGGCUUCCCUGGGACCAAGAUUUCAUGCUUUCUUCUACUUGGCUUAAGAAAUGCUCACAUAUGAUGGAUACAUAAGCAUCAUGCUCUCUUUAACAUUUUCUAUGCACACAGGAGAGGAAGAGAAAGAUUAGUAGUUGUGGAGACCUGCCUUGAUUUGGUGGUGUUGGGAUCCGUGGUAUAAAUCUCUGUUGACUAUUGUUUCUCUGUGUAACAUAGACUCUUGUUAUGGGAAUAUGAAUAUGCAAAUGUAAAUUCCAAUGUGAGAGGUUACUGCGCAGUGUGCACUAACCGAUGCUGAACAACUACAUUUCUCUACUCUCUGAAUUGUGGUUUCGUCCUUUCUAAAAAAGAGGGAAAAUGCAGUUAACAGGUGAAAGCCACUCCUGUGCAAAAAAGCCUGUAUGAGGCAAUGCAUGUACUCCCUGAUGGUCCUAAGGAGAUCUUGGGAAAAGUUGAAUAAGCUUUUAGCUCGUGAGUGAAUUUUAUCUUUUAGGAAUUAAGAGCAAUUCGUUGGUACAGAGCUAGAAAACAAAAUAAAACAAAACAAACAAAAAAAGAGGACCUGAAAAUCAGAGUGGUGAUGGUCUUCUAUGUUGCUCCCUGUGAUGGCAAGCAAGUUUUAAAGAAUAUGUAAAUAGUUAAAAGAAAAUCAUUACAUGGCUCACAGUAUGUAAGACAAGCCCCAGCAUGGAACAGAUUUUUAUAGCUUGUUUAUAAAUUACGCUUCUGUCUUUUGUUUGGAACUUGGACAAAGAAACCAUGUAAAUUAAAUAAGAAGUACUUACUGCACACAUUUGUUUGACUGAAACAAAGGUAUUUCCCCACCUCCUGAGGUAUUAAUGAGAAAUCUGGGAUGAAUAAUGUAUAGAGAUCUUGCCUUUUGAGUUCUAGUGCUGUGCAGCUAGUUAACUCUUUUGCACAGCCCACAGUGGGAUGGGAACCAGAAGUCCUGACGAGCAGUUGUUAGGGCCACAAAUUGGGAUCCAUUUGAAGAGGUGCCAAAGAAUGCACAAAAAGGCUGGGGUUUGUGGUGGGAUACUUAUUAACCAGAUGUACCAGCUAGAUUGGGGAGGGAGGGGUGUUUGUAAAUAUAUGCAAAAAGUAUAAACUCUGACCCAUGACCACCCUGUUAACUGGGUGUCAGAUUGGUCUCAGCUAAGUGAGAAGCUUCAAUAACAUGAAAGAGGCCACUCUUGAUCUGUUCCAUUGAAACCUUAUGAAUAACUUUUCAGCAAAUAUUUCCACUCCAAGACAUUUGUCAUAGAUCUCAACUGUACAUAUGUAUUAAUUUUCUGUGUAACUAGGGAGGAUACAGAAUUGUAAUGAAGUCACAAAGUCUACUUGAUGAUUAUCACAGAUUUGUAACUCUCACUUAA